CUAAAAACCCCUCCCUCUGAAGUGUUGGUUACUAAAACCCUAGCCGCUGUUCCUCCGCCCUGCGCCGCCGCCCGGCCGUCCGCCGUAAAUUCACUCCCAGUGCGCACUUCGAGAAUGGAUAUUGACGAAGAUGGUGGUGCGGGGGAAGAGGCAACGAGGCAAGUGCAAGUUCGAUUCGUAACAAAGCUAAAACCGCCGUAUAAAGUACCGCCAGCGGCAAUCUUCAUACCUGCGAGUUUAAGUCGCUUCGGCCUUUCAAAAACGGUCAACAAUCUUCUCCAAGCCGCUAAUGAGGAUUGGGAAUCCGAGGUUUUUGAUUUUCUCAUUGAUGGGGAGUUGGUUCGGAUGACGCUUGAAGAGUUUCUUCUUGCCAAAGGAAUUUCCGCUGAAAAAGUACUUGAAAUUGAAUACAUUAAAGCUGUUGCUCCAAGGAAGCAAGAGGAGCCUUCCUUGCAUGAUGAUUGGGUUAGUGCAGUUGAUGGGUCCAAUGAUGGGUAUAUUGUGACUGGAUGCUAUGAUGGCUAUGGCAGGAUAUGGAAAGCUGGUAAACUCUGUACACACAUUUUGGAUGGCCAUUCUGGCCCAGUCACUUCUGUUUGUGUUGCAAACCAUAAAGUUGAGAGUGAUGUUGAUGAAAUUAUUGCUACUGCUUCUAAAGAUCGGACACUAAGGUUGUGGAAGUUUAACGCAGAAGAAACACUGGAUCAGCCAAUGAAUAUUCAAGCCUCUAAGAUAUUAAGUGGUCAUACUGCUGCUGUUCAGUGCGUUGCAGCAGAGCCUUUUGGAAAUAUGGUGUGCUCAGGUUCCUGGGAUUCUUCUAUCAGGUUGUGGAACAUAAGUGGUUCUGACACUGGUGUUUCAGUGAAAAAGAGGAAAAAAGAUGAUGCUUCUGAUGGUGGUGGUGAGGAUAAUCAGUCUGAGGAAGAAGCUGUAUCGACAUUUGUUGGUCAUACACAGUGUGUUUCUUCCGUUAUCUGGCCUGAGCAUCAAACAAUAUAUUCAGCCUCUUGGGAUCAUUCCAUUAGAAGAUGGGAUGUUGAGACAGGCAAAGAUAACACAAACAUUGUCUUCUGUGGCAAGGCAAUGAACUGUCUUGACAUUGGAGGUGAAAGUUCUGCCCUAAUUGCUGCCGGUGGGUCUGAUCCAGUUCUUCGGAUAUGGGAUCCUAGAAAGCCAGGAACUUCGUCUCCUAUCUUCCAAUUUUCUUCACAUAAAUCCUGGAUAUCUUCCUGUAAAUGGCACCGGGAAUCGUGGUUCCACUUGGUUACUUCAUCAUAUGACGGAAAAGUGAGGCUAUGGGAUUUGAGAAGCGCGUUGCCACUGUUUGUACUCAACGCACAUUCUGACAAGGUGCUGUGUGCUGAUUGGUGGAAGAACGAUUGCGUCAUCAGUGGCGGUGUUGACUCGAAACUCAACAUUAUUUCUGGGAUUCCAAUCAAGUGAUCGACAGGAUCAGUCCAAUUUUGAUUCAACAACAAAUGAAAUGGUGCAGCAGAGAAACAAAAAAAUCGGUCUAUACAUGAAGUAAGCUGUGGUUGAAAUCGGUUAGCUGCCAUUAGAAUAUUUAUCCUCCCUCUUAUCAUUAUAGUUUUAAAGCAAGAUUCAUAUUUGAUUUUAGAAAAUAUUUCAUGUAUUUUUAGCUUGGGAACUUUUUAUACAGCCUUCUUUGUCGAAUGUGUUGCUUUUGCAUCUACCCAUCUAUCAAUAUAUAUAUAUAUAUAUAUAUAUACUGUGUAUUGUUUUUCGUUUUAGAUUUCUUGAACUUUUUUGCUAGUAAAUUUCUUGAAUGUAUUGUAUCUUUAGGAAAUUUGAUAAAUUAAAAAGUACUGAUAAUUUUGAUUACA